GUUGAUCAUAUUUACCUUACAUUGGAGCAAGUUGUUGAUCAUAUUUACCUUACAUUGGAGCAAGUUGUUGAUUAUAUUUACCUUACAUUGGAGCAAGUUGUUGAUCAUAUUUACCUAACAUCGGAGCAAGUUGUUGAUCAUAUUUACCUUACAUUGGGGCAAGUUGUUGAUCAUAUUUACCUUACAUUGGAGCAAGUUGUUGAUCAUAUUUACCUAACAUUGGGGCAAGUUGUUGAUUAUAUUUACCUAACAUCGGAACAAGUUGUUGAUCAUAUUAACCUUACAUUAGAGCAAGUUGUUGAUCAUAUUUACCUAACAUUGGAGCAAGUUGUUGAUCAUAUUUACCUU